UAUUCCCCUACCUCGCCUCCAUUCGCAGGCCAUGUCUGAGUACAAGCUCUCCCACCCUAACAUCUCUCUCGAGGAAGAGUCGACCAUCGCCCUCCCACCGUCGACGGCGCUAGUGACUGUCCCUCGCGACCUGUCGACCAAGUUGGAUCUGACGACGACGCAGACGCCCACGAUGGUGGAUCGAUGGAGCACCCUCUGUACCCUCUUUGAGCGCAUCGCCAAGCGCAUCGAGAGUCAAGGUGGGGAUUAUGCUCGUCUGGGAAGUCUCAUCGACGCAAUCAGUCAAGGCGGCGGUGCAGGUGCAGGUGCAAGUGCAGGUGCAGGGGUUGGGCCAGGUCGCAGUACUUCACCUCCCAUCUCUUCCUCCUCACCUGCCAUCAUCUCCUCCUCAAGCUCCUCCGCUCUAGCCUCCUCCCUCCACCGCGACUUUUCCGACCUCUGCACCGUCCGCUCUCGCUCCCUGACCCUGCACGCCCUCGAGGGUCUCAAGACCCAGCGGGACCUCUGGCUCUCCUGGCGCGAUCUCCUCGCCCGGCACGUAGCCCUAGCAGGGGACAAUGUCCCGUCUCUCAAGUCCCAAGUCGCCUCUACACGCGCCAAGCUCGCAGCACUCAAUGCCGUCGCACCUGCACAACGUCCACCCACCUUUCAUGCCGAUGUGGCCAAAGUGGAAGAAACGCUCCGCACAGACUCGCUACAGAUUGAGCGACUGCUGCAACGACGCGAGAGGGUGAGGGCAGCAAUGUGGGAGGAAUUGGGAUUGUUGGCCGCGCGAAAGGAAGAGGUGGCGGGGGUUUGGAGAGAGUGGUGCAAGGAGGAAUUGCUAGGCAGGGCAGCACAGAAGAGGGCAGUGGAGGAGUGUUGGGCACAGAUGAGCGGAGCGGGAGGAGCAGGAGGAGGAGCGAGGUGAGGUGAGGUGGUGGCGAGGAGAGAGUGCGAGAGAGAAGCUCAAAGGUCAUCGUCAUUGUUCAAACAUUCUAUAGACUCAUGGGCUCAAUACCACUUCCAACACGACGUCAAAGAUGAGAAGGCAAGCAAGUCUUCAAAUUUCGCUACACUCGAAAUCGGAUUCGAACAGCGCUUCUUUUUGUAUGUAAGGUAGUACAUCUGCUAAUCCCACAAGCCUGCUUCCUGCCUGCUUCCUCCAGCUCCUUGUCUUCCUGUGACUUCACCUCCACACCCGCCUACCAGUCGGUACCGGCGACCUUGUUGACGCUCUUCUUUGCCUUGUCCAUCAAAGGCUCCAGCUUCCCACCAACAACUCCCGCCUUUGUGUAGCCGAAGCCGUCCAGCCAGGGCGUCUCUGCGCUCCUCUUUACCUCAAACUCAGAGAUGCGGUCCGCCUUCUCCAUUGUGAGGUCGAUGUC